AUGAACUCUCCCAAUAAUGUCUCGUCCCCUGAGCCUGUGGCAUCCUCCAUGUUGAGGAUGCCAAAAAAUCGAGCCUCUAUGGACAACCACUCAAUGAUAUCUUCCACUUCCACCUUGCCAUAUCGAGCCUCGAAUCCUUCCGUAUCUUCUCUAUUUGCCUCAACAACCACACCAACAGGAUCACGAUCAAGCUCCCCCAUAGGUGGCGUCCGUUCGAGGAUGACCGGAUCAGUAUUCGGUGGCACACCAGGGGAUGGGCAACAAAUGGCACCUGCGGAACAGCCAGGGGAUCCACGAAAUCUGAUACUUCAAGCCUUCGUUCCUCAUAUUGCGGUGCACACAUCCAUCGACACUCACGAGUUGUUAAGAGAUAAAGGCAUCGAAGGAGGGCUGUGGGAGUUAUUACGUCCUUUUGGAGAAAGAGUCCAAGGGAAAGUUAAUGUGCGAGACAGUAUAGGGGCCGGGAAAACAUGGGACGACUUUUCCGUUCGUUUUGUGCAACUCGGGGAUGGACUUGAGCCUCCUGAAUUACCCAGGAAAAGCGAAGACGGGAUCGGCUUGACCGGGAACGGCGAGAAGCCUGAUGGGAAAUCCACAAGCCAAAGAUCUAGAACUGGUGGAAACAUACCACAAAUUGAGAGUUUGGUUGAUAGGCAUUUAACCCACGCGGAGGAUUUUCCGGGUAUGAACGGAGCUGGCGCGGAGGACUAUUUGAACUUCAAGGAAGGUCUAAAUCAAAACCUCGAUACCUCGUCGCCAUUCUACACUCUUUAUCUAAGGAGACUGCUGUCUGGGUUUCCUCUGAUGCCCCAUGAGACCUUUUCUCAUCCCGUGGCUUGUGUAAUUGCAAUCAGCUCAAGGAAUACCAACCCAAUCGAUGCUUUACGGACUCUGUACCAGGAAUCAAAACUCGGGCCCAGAAGGUUCCCAAUUUGGGUCGACAGCGAAUACCUACGUUAUUAUGUCUUGGUUCAUGAUGAGGAGCGAGACGAUAUCACAAAAUCGAUUGCUCUUUUCGAACAGAUGAAGAAACAUUUCGGGCUUCAUUGUCACCUCCUACGUCUUAGAAGUAGUAAUUGCGUGUCAACAGAUGAUGACAGCUUCCGGAUGCCUCGUUGUGAGUGGGUUUCAGCUUCUGAAGAACUCGCGGAUAUAAAAAGUCGAGAAGUGCUAGAAGAUUUCGAGAAUUCGUACCCUUGUAUUUAUGAAUCCGACAUGACAGCAAUCAAGACUUUUAUCCGAGAAAUGGUUACACAAUCCGUCAUUCCGUCCAUGGAAAGAUGUGUAUCAACUUGGAAUGACCAGGUAGCAUCACGACGGCGGGGUAUUGGUGGUCGGUUCAUGAGCUUGUCAAAAAGAUGGACGGGAUUUGGGGGUAGUUCAAGGAAUUCUACCGGUGGAUCCUCUGGCUCUAACAGCAACUACGAUGCAGUGCAGGGCUAUUAUCUGCCAAAUACUCCAGAAGCCAUUAUGCGGAAACUAGCAGAUUAUGCAUUCAUGCUUCGGGAUUGGAAGCUUGCCCAGUCUACUUACGACUUACUGCGGUCGGAUUUCAACAACGAUAAAGCAUGGAGGUACCAUGCUGCUGCCAACGAAAUGGCAGCUAUCAGCACACUUUUGAUUCCGCAAACUUUGAGUCCGAAAGUCCGAGCGGAGACAAUUGAACAGAUGCUGGAGACUGCAUCAUAUUCUUACCUCACACGCUGUGGUGCUUCAUACGGUGCUUUCCGCUGCCUUGCUCUGGGCAUGGAACUUUUGAGACUUCGAGGUGGGUCAGCAACUGAAGAUGCAGCCAAGUGGGGAUCAAAGCUGCUCGAGUACAAAGUCGCUGGACCUAUAGGGGAGGCACUUUUAAAGGAGCGUAUUUCGAUUUGCUAUGCCUCCAAAAAAGGAGCCGGUUCUGGUUUAUGGGGUGCCAGAACCCGGAAAUCGGCCAUGUGGAGUAUAUAUGCAGCUGAUGCUUGGCUUACACUCAAGAAGAUACAACAAUCGAGACUGCGGUUAGAUGAAGCAAUUGCGAAGUAUGACACACUUCCCAACAAAGAUAGCCUGGCUCAGUUUACACAUGCAAACAAUUAUCUACAGGCGCUGCAGAAGGCAGUACAACGGGCUUCAUACCCCGAAUCUGCGGUUGAGGGGCCUGGAGCGGUUGAUGACUUGAUCGAUACGUCGAUUGAAGAGAGCGAGUCGUUUACCUCGUGGCCGCAUAGGAGGAGCCUAAUGGGAGCCAGUCUUGAAUCUGCACCCUUGCAAAGGGCUCUCGCGGAUGUGAAAGACGAAGCUACUCCCUCUCUUCAGUUUGAAUGA